AUGUUCGGGGGUAAAGACGCGCGCGCGACGCGAGUGAUAAUCGUGGGCGGCGGUGCCGCGGGCGCGGCGGCGGCGUACGCGCUCGCGCGGGCGGGAAUCGAGGCGGAGGUGCUCGAGCGCGAGCGCGCGCUCGGUGGCGUCGCGACGACGACGACGCUCGACGCGUGGUCGACGACGAUCAACGAUGGGGUGCAGGGAGGGGCGACGUCGUACGCGAACGCGCGGGCGCUCAUGCGAAGCUGCGGCGUGGACGAGGGGUCGCGGGUGGAGGUGCGCGUGAGCUUUGGCAAGGGCGCGACGGCGUGGCGCAACCACGGCGCGCGCGCGAGCGUUUUGGAGGAGCUGCGAGAGGACAUCGAGCGGUUCGGGAAGACGCUGAAGAAGAUUAAGCGAUUCGAGGCGCUGUACGCGUUCGUGAGCGUGGAGCGGGCGUUGAGGUGGCACGGGCACUCGAAGCGGUUUCGGGAUUACAUGGUGUACGCGACGACGGCGCUCUUCUUCGGCACGGGGAACUGUACUCGGGACGUGUGCAGCGUCGUCUUGGCCCGAGUGUUUACGGAUGAUCGUUUGAGGUUGUAUGAUUACGAUCCGGUGCGUUUCAUGCGGGAAGCGCCGGAGAUGUUUGCGUUUCCGAGGUUCGACGAGAUGUACGGAGCCAUCGGCGAUGAAAUCGUGAGGCGCGGCGGGAAGGUGACGCUCGGCGCGCGCGUGCACAAGGUGGAGCGCACGAAGAAGUGCGUGAAGGUUUCGUUCGAGAACGCAACUGGAGAGACGGAAACGCGCGUGUGCGAUCGAGUGAUCUUCGCGUGCAACUCGGAGCAGGCGAAGGCGAUGCUCGACGCGGGCACCGGAACAUCCGCGAUGGAGCGUCAUAUUUUUAAGAACAUCACAUGGUUCGACGACGUAUCCGUCACACACACGGACGAGGAGUACAUGAAGAAGCAUUACGAGGUCGCCGAGGGUGAAAAGCGCGACAUGUACUUCAUCAAAUCGUAUGAGGACGAUCCGUCUCUGUGCGAGAUGUCUUUCGAUUUGACGGCGUACCAACCGUUCGCCAGAGGUCCGGACGGCGCGCGGGUGUACCAAUCCAUCUUCCUAAACGCCGCUCGAGACGAGUCUCGAUGGACUAAGAAUGAGAUCGCCCCAGGGAAAAUCGCCCUAGUGAAGUGGUGGCGUCAGUUCGGGCACACCGUGCGCCAUUUCACGCGCGCCGUCCCGUUCUGGCGCUUCGUUCAGAACAAAAAGCGCACGCUCUACGCCGGAUCGUACACCAUGGUGAAUACGCACGAGAUCGCCGUUAUCUCCGGACUCGUCGCCGCGUACAGAUGCGGCGCGCCGUAUCCGUUCGCCGACGACGCCCAGGCAUCCUUCCAAUUCGACCUGUACGCGAGCAUCAUCCACGGCAUCCGCCGCAAGCGAUGA